GCUACUUCAAUAAAUUAUUUGUGGCAACACAUUUUGCCGUCUCAAGUUUCAGAAUCUGCUAAGUGAAGUGCAGAAAUUAAAUAAUUUAGUAAUUAUUUUGCUAUAAUUUAUAAAGAAAUUAUUAAAAGCUCGAAGUUAAAAAAAAAAUAUAAAGGUUCUGCUAUGAAUACAGUUGAAAAUACUAUGGAAGGCUGUAAUAAGAGUUCUGAUGCUUCAGUGAAUACAGCAAACACUCAGUCUAAUUUAAACGAAUGUCCAGUCAUUGAAGACGAUUUGACCGAUGAUUAUAAUGACAUUGAUCUGAGUGACAUAAUACCAUCUGCUUUAGAUCCAACACUCACAAUGGAUAAUUCUGUUUCACUUGUCAGUGGUAAUGAUUCGUAUAAAGAGAUAAUUAAUGUCUGUAGUAGUACUGCGCAAGUCCUUAAAAAGACUAUAUCUGAUGUUUUAAAUUCAAGAGGAAAUGUUGUCAUCACAGAAGUGGAUGAUUCAAGUGAGCUAGAAGCUACACUGAAUCAAAAAAUAGCUGAUUUCAAUAAUACCGUAGAUGGUUGCUUGAAAAAUCAAAAUCAACUAUCAGCUUCAAACAAUGCCGAUAACAAUUCUGAUUUACCAGCUAAUGUAUUAAAAGACACAGAGGAAAAUCGUUGUGAUAUCUGUUUACCAGAAAGUCUUCAAGGUUCCUGUGAAGAAAUAUGUAAUUCUGAUGCUUCGUCUGAAAAUUCUUAUAACAAUAAUGUCGACACAGAACAGGAUACAAAUGCUGGUACAUCAGAAACUAAAUCGUUUCUCGAUGCUCAAAAUUCUAGUCAAGUUCAAAAAGGAAAGCCUGCUACUAAAGAAAAUGAGUCAAAAACUGUUGUUUCUUCUGAAGACAGCAAAAUUGCUAAAAAAUCUAAAAGUGUAAUUUCCAAAAAGAAGGGGGAGAAGACAGUUGAUCAGAUACUUAAAUCCUUAUCAGGUUACUCAUCUACCGAAGAGAAGCUUCAGCAGCUAUGUAAGAAGCAUUUAGAAACAUUGGAAGAUCUCAGAUUGUUUGAACCGAGGCUAAAACAGCUCGAGAAACAAGUUGUUUCUCAGCAGAGAGAAAAAGAAUCAUUACAAGCCGAAUUGAAUAGAAUGAUACUUGCUAAAUCACGAUUAGAAAGUCUUUGCCGAGAAAUGCAAAGACAAAGCAAAGCUGUGAAAGAGGAAAGCCUUAUUCGAAUCAAGGAAGAAGAAGAGAAAAGAAAAGAAGUAGCCAAUAAAUUUCAAACUACUCUUAAUGACAUCAGUACCUUGAUGCAAGAAAACUCAAAGAGGAAUACAGCAUUAAGAGAAGAAAAUGCUGAACUUUCUCAAAAGCUGAAGAUGUUGAUGGAUAAUUAUUCUGUGUGGGAAGAAAAUAUGAAAAAGAUUGUUCAACAUAAAGAGUUAGAAGCUCAGUUAGCAAAUGCCAAGUGUGCAAAAGUUAAUUUGGAAUUAAAGCAAGAAACUGAAAAGUUCCUCAGAGAAAAACAGACAUUGUUAGAAAAUAUGAGUGAAUUGCAAAAGAAAUGCACUUUACUUACUGCAAAUGAACUUCAGCUUAGAACUGAAUUGGGAGAUUAUACAAAUAAAUAUGAGGAAUUCCAAUCAGUUCUUACCAACAGUAGUAAAGUAUUUGCAACAUUCAAAUCUGAUAUGGAUGCAACUUCCAAAAAGAUAAAGAAACUUGAAAAAGAAACCAAUGUGUACAAACAAAAGUGGGAAAGUAGCAACAAAGCCCUCUUAGAUAUGAUAAGUCAUAAAGAAAAACAAGACAGGGAAAAUGCAAAUGCACAACAAAGAAUACUAACUCUAGAAAAAUUGUGCAGAGCUUUACAAGCUGAGAGAAAUGAUUUAAGGAAUGAGUUAAAUGCUUUAACUGCAACUGGAGACUGCCAGAAUGAACAAAAUGUGCCUUUGCCAUCUACUGAAUCUCUUGACGUGGCUACUAGUAGUUCAUGAAAUUAUAUUAUUAAAAUAUAGGAGUGUCCAUGAGUGUAAUUGAAUCCUGUGACAUUGACUGAUCACUUUCAUUAUGUAUUACUAAAAUAUUUAAAUUACUUAUAAAUUAUAUGGUAUAGUAAACGUUUUAUUUGCUCAUAAUUUUUGUCUUUAGCUCUUCAAUAUGCAUAUAGUUUCUGCAUAUGCAUAUAGUUCUUAAGAUAACUUUUUUUAGUUUAUAGUGAUUAUGUUGAGAAGUAUUUUGUUUGUUAAUUUUGUGUAUUGUUUGGAUAAAACGUAAUAACUUUUUAUUUAAAAUGAAAUUAAACACAAUGAUAUUUGGCUCUAGUUUAAAUCCAUAAAAAUUAUACUACAUUCAAUUUAACUAUUUAAAGUAGUAAGUUUGAGGAUUAAAAAAAGUGAUAUGUUACCAUUGAUAGCUUGGAAUUUUAUUAAAACUGGAAUAGAACAAAUUAAAAUUUUGUAAGACUUCCAAAUAUUGUUUUAAUGAUUUAUUUAGUGAAAAAAUUUCUGAGCACAAUUUUGACUUGUAGCGUUCUUUUAUUUAUUUGAGCUUUAUAUUUUUUUGUGUCAAUGUAUUUUUUAUGGAGUUAUGUGAUUUACAACCAUUUUUUAUUAUCUAUUGAAUAUUAAAGCAAUUUUUUAAAACUAACUAGUCUUAAAAAAUCUUCUAUGACAUGAAUUUUGCAACAGAGUGAAACUUUUAGUCAUAAAAAUAUUUAACAUAAGUCUUAUGAACAAUUUAUUUACAAAUAAUAAAAAAAUAUUCGUAAAUAAAAUUUUACAUUAUUUUAAGUUAUUUAGGCUGUUGUAACCUAGUAAUAAAGUAUUGGAUAAUUUCAUAUUUGUGUUAUAUAAUAUGAUAAAAUAAGCUUUUAAAAUUUGCUCAACUUUAAACCUACUAAUUCAUAACAGAGAGUUACAGCACAUCCUUUUGUAGACUUUCAGUUAUUAAACCCUACAUUCAUUUCAAUAACCCAUAUAGUGCUUCCAUAUACUAUUUCCAUAGAAAUAAUACUUUAACUGAAAUGUUAGUAAUAGUUUUCUCUUUUUAAAUAUUUGUUUUUUGAUUUCAAGAUAAUUUUAGGGUUACAAAUUACUCCAUAACAAUAGUUCAUAUGUUGCGCAAAAUUUAAAAAUUAUAUUUUUAUUCUAAUUUCAAGUACAGUUUUUUUAUAUUAAUAUUAGGCAAUUUCAGCCUUAAUAUGUACUGUAUAGAUUCAUUUAUAAAAAUAAUAUAGUUCAGUAUUUCAAUAUUGAUUACAGAUUUGUCAUCAAUAUUAAGUCAACCAGUAGUACUAAGCUGCAUAACAGACUAGAAUAAGAAUUUCUUAAUCAUGUAAUUUCAAAAGGAUUUUAAAUUGAAGAUUUCUUCUUUAACAAUUUUUGUUAAAUAAAAUACUAUUAAAAAUAUUUUAUCUACUAAAUUUGUUAAAGUUCAAAAUAGUUUAUGUAUUCUUAUUUUUCCAAAGACUUGAUUAUUUUUCUUGGUAGCCAAAUUCUACAAAGCAAACUUCUCAUGGUGUAAAUUCAAUAAAAACUUUAUGAUGCUAAUAUUCACUGAAAUAAAUUUGCUUAUGAAUUAAAAUUUCAUCAGUGAUAGAAUAAUUGUUAGCUCAUUUUAAAUUUUGCUUUUGACUAAAUUUAAUUAAUUCCAUAGCAAUCAUGCUAUCUUUUUCUUGCCUGUAUUUAUCUCACACACAAUGCUUUUGUUUUGUGAUUGUAACUUUUAAGGACUUAAAAAUGUCAGAAUUUCUUAAAUUUAUUUAUUAAUGCAACUGUGGCUUUUAAAGACAUUUUUUAGUCUCCUGUGUUAUUUGAAUGUAAGUUUGUUGGGUGGUAUUAUUUUCUUUGUUAAAUGUGUCAGGAAAGUAAUAUAAGUAUUUCUUUUUUUAAAAAAUUACAUGUUCUUAAAUAUGACAUAUUCAUUGUCGGAUUGUUAUGCAUUUAUAUAAGAGAAUAAUAAAAAAUUGAAACUGUUCA